AUACCUGUGUAUGUAUGACGUCUGUGUUCCAGCAGGUGUUGACUGAAAGCAACUGAAAGCAAUCAGCUUAGUUAUACUCAGCCCGGCACUUUGCUGUACAGCAAAUCUGCUUGAAUAGUUAAGCCUUACUUUUGUAAAACCUGUGCUGGAAAGUGUGGCUUUUAAGGGGCAGGAAGAUGUCAAGGAAAUGUGCUCAGUAAAAUUCCUGAGGGACAUCUUUAGGUUCAGAAGACCCUGCUGCCAGAGUGCUGCUACCGAUUCCAAGAACGAGGAACCUGAAAAGAGAAGAAAGAGGAGAAAGCAGAAAGAAGAAACUAAAAGAGUAGUGGUUUCAAACUUGUUUUAUGAAGAUGAUUGGAAAGAAAAUCCAAAUAGGCAUUAUGAGGGCAACAGAAUCAAGACCACAAGAUACACCCUCCUGUCUUUCAUCCCUAAAAACAUAUUUGAACAGUUCCAUCGUUUUGCCAAUUUAUAUUUUGUGGCCAUUGUAGCACUCAAUUUUGUGCCAGUGGUCAAUGCGUUUGAGCCUGGGAUAUCCAUGAUCCCAGUCUGUAUUAUCAUGGCCAUCACAGCCAUCAAAGAUGCUUGGGAGGACUUUCGGAGAUACAAACUGGACAAAGAGAUCAAUAGCAUGGGCUGCCUGAUAUACAGCAGGAGCAAAACCACCUACAUUGAGAAGUGCUGGGAAGAGGUACAAGUGGGAGACUUUGUGCAACUGCAGUGUAAUGAGAUCAUCCCCGCUGACAUCCUGCUGCUCUACUCCUCUGAUCAGAAUGGGAUCUGUCACUUAGAGACAGCAAAUCUUGAUGGAGAGACCAAUCUUAAACAAAGACAGGUUGUGAAAGGAUUCUCUAAUCAGAACACUGAAUUUGAGCCAGAACGUUUCCAAAACAUAAUUGUUUGUGAAAAACCCAACAACGAUCUCAAUAGAUUUAAAGGCUAUAUGAAGCAGCCGGACCUCACUCAGAUUGGUUUCAACAAUGAAAGUCUCCUUCUUCGUGGAUGCACAGUGAGGAACACAGAGGUUACAGUAGGAAUUGUUGUCUAUGCAGGUCCUGAAACCAAAGCCAUGUUAAAUAACAGAGGUCCUCGUUAUAAACGCAGCAAAAUAGAACAACGGCUGAAUGUGGAUAUAUUAUUUUGUGUGGGGCUGCUGUUCGUCAUGUGUCUUACUGGAGCACUAGGUCACGGCAUUUGGAAUGGGAAUUUCUUAGAAUACCCCUUGUAUGUCAUCCCCGAUAUAAAUGGCAACUAUCUUGCUCCAGCUCUUGCAGGUUUCUACAUGUUCCUGACAAUGAUAAUCCUCCUACAGGUUUUAAUUCCCAUUUCCCUCUAUGUAUCCAUCGAAUUAGUCAAGCUGGGUCAAGUCUUCUUAAUUCACAAUGAUACCGACCUGUACAAUGAAGAGCAAGACUUGCCCAUACAGUGCCGAGCACUAAAUAUCACUGAAGACCUGGGACAAAUCCAGUACAUAUUUUCUGACAAAACAGGGACCCUGACAGAGAAUAAGAUGGUGUUUCGUCGGUGUACAAUUAACGGGAAAGAAUUUUCACAUCAGGAAAAUGCCAAGCGACUAGAGACCUACAAGGAACUGGAUUCAGAUACUGAAGACUGGGCAAAAUAUUUGAGUCUCCCUCCAAACAAAGGUGGAGAAAUUCUAACUCAGACAAGCACUGUUAAGCCUUUGAGGAGAUGUCAGAGUGCUCGGGCUCGUUUUCAGGGGCAUGCCAGGCAGAGAUCUCUAGGCUCUCAGUCUCAGGUGGCAUUUAGCAGUACUAUUGAGAAGGAUGUGACUCCAGAUAACAGGCUGUUGAUGAAAGUGAGAAAUGCAUCCUGCCAGCUUGAAUCUUUGACACAGUUUAUGUCUACAAAGACCACCGCUUCCAUCACAGACUUUUUUCUUGCUCUGACCCUCUGCAACACUGUUGUGGUCUCCACAGCAACUGAUCCAAGACAAAGGGUCACUACAUCACUGAUGAAACCAUCCGGACUCUCCCUGGAAAAAAUUCACCAGCUGUUCCAGCGGCUAAAGCUGGCAAGCCUCAGCCAGUCUUUUUCAUCCACUCAGUCAAGUUCAGACUUAGGAGAGAGUUUGAACACAGAAAGCACCAGAGUCUGUGCUGGUUCUGAAACAAAAGAUUAUUUUCCUGCCCAAAGCUGUUCCACCUUGUCAGAUGACUACAGUUUUAGAAGAGACUUGGCCACUGGGACAGACACCUUUGGGGACAGUGAUCCCUCUCUGGUUGAGAUCUGUGGGAUAGCUAACCCGGGAGCUUUGCAAGAAGAAUUUUGUUACGAGGCCGAAAGCCCAGAUGAAGCAGCCCUUGUCCAUGCAGCUCGGGCUUACCAGUUUACAUUGGUGUCCAGGACUGCUGAACAAGUGACUGUGAGGCUGCCAGAGGGCACCCUCCUGACCUUUGACCUCUUGUUCACUUUGAAAUUUGACUCAAACAGGAAAAGAAUGUCAGUGGUGGUGAGGCAUCCCAUUACCAGAGAGAUAAUUGUCUAUACCAAAGGGGCUGACUCUGUCAUAAUGGACUUAUUGGAAGACCCUGCCAGAGCUAAUAUGGCCAUGGAAAAGAAAAUAAGAAAAGUAAGAGAUCAAACACAGAAACAUUUAGAUUUGUAUGCACGAGAUGGCCUGAGAACUCUGUGCAUAGCUAAGAAGGUCCUAAGUGAAGAUGACUUUCAGAAAUGGGCCAACUUUCGUUGUGAGGCAGAAACGACUAUUGACAACAGAGAUGAGCUAUUAAUGGAGACAGCACAACAUCUGGAGACUAAACUCACCUUACUAGGUGCAACUGGUAUUGAAGAUCGGUUGCAAGAUGGAGUGCCUGAUACUAUUGCUGCUUUCAGAGAGGCUGGGAUCCAGCAGUGGGUGCUGACUGGAGAUAAGCAAGAAACAGCAGUCAACAUUGCCUAUUCUUGCAAACUUCUAGACCAAAGAGACACUGUCUUUACCAUUAAUACUGAAAGUAAGGAAACCUGUGAAUCAUUGUUGGAUAUCACACUGGAAGAAGUGAAGAAGGCUCAAAAUGUUCAAGAAGCAACGUGGAACGUUCUUGGCAUUAAGCUGCCAUUUUCUUUGUCAGCCACUGCAACUCCAAAUCCUUUUACUGGUCUGGUGGUUGAUGGAAGAACUCUGAAUACCAUUUUCCAGGGACAACUUGAGAAUAAGUUUCUCGAACUAACCAAGUACAGCCGUUCGGUUUUGUGCUGCCGAUGUACCCCUUUGCAGAAGAGCAUGGUGGUCAAACUUGUACAGAGCCGGCUGAAAGUUAUGACACUGGCAAUAGGUGAUGGUGCAAAUGAUGUGAGUAUGAUUCAGGCAGCUGAUGUUGGAAUUGGCAUUUCUGGACAAGAAGGUAUGCAGGCUGUCAUGGCCAGUGAUUUUGCCAUAUCUCAAUUCAAACACCUCAAGAAGUUGCUUUUAGUCCAUGGGCAUUGGUGCUACUCACGCUUAGGAAAGAUGGUGCUAUACUUUUUCUAUAAAAACGUGACCUAUGUCAACAUGCUGUUCUGGUACCAGUUCUUCUGUGCUUUCUCUGGGGCCUCCAUGAUAGACUACUGGCAAAUGAUCUUCUUCAACCUAUUUUUCACAUCUGUGCCACCAAUACUUUCUGGAGUCCUGGAUAAAGAUGUUUCUGCCGUAACUCUGUUGCGCUUGCCUGAACUUUACAAAAGUGGACAAAACUCAGAGGUUUAUAAGCCUCUGACAUUUUGUGUUGCCAUUUUGGAUGCCUUUUACCAGAGCCUCAUCUGUUUCUUUGUCCCGUAUCUAGCAUCCCUUCAUUCUGAUAUUGAUGUUUUCACCUUUGGAACAACAAUCAAUACGGUCUCCCUCCUUACUAUUCUGUUUCACCAAGCGUUAGAAAUUCAAACGUGGACUUUGUUCCAUGGGAUUGCAAUCAUUCUAAGCAUUCUCCUCUACUUCAUUUUCUCCACCAUCUACAAUGCUGUGUGUGUCGACUGUAACCAUCCCAGCAAUCCCUACUGGAUUAUGGAGUUGGAAUUCUCAAAGGCCAGCUUCUAUUUCAUAUCCAUCAUUACUCCUGUCAUAGCACUUCUCCCAAGGUAUCUUAUCUUGGCUCUUCAAGGGACGUUCAAGGUAUCUCCCAUUGUGAAAGCACAACACCUGGAUAAGCUCCCUAAAGAACAACAGGAAUGGGAAAUACGGAAAUGGAGAUUGAGGGAACAAGGCAGAGGUGUCUGCAAUGAUGAGCCUGAUCAGCCUAUUGGAAACAUGGGUGUGUCCAUGCCUGACAGUGCAGCAGAGCGUACGUUUCAAGGACUUUGCCUUCCAGAGCAGGAAACACUCCAGAACCAGAUAUCAUCAAACGGAGAAGGCAAUGACUACACCAAAAGGUGGGUCCAGGAAGAGGACGUGUCUGCUGGUUUCUUGUCAGCAGCAGCCUCUCCUGGGCAAAGUGCAUCUGCAAAGCCCUUUUCUGGCCUCCUGCCGAACAGCACUGAAAGUUCCACUCGAAGCAGCCACCGGCGGUCCGUGAGUGCAGUGACUCUCUGACAGAGCUUGGAAAAGUUACUUUUUUGAACUACAACUCCCAUCAGCAUGCGCUGGCUGGGGCUGAUGGGAGUUGUAGUUCAAAAAAGUAACUUUUCCAAGCUCUGCUCUCUGAAAGAGCCUGAGCUUUUGACUGGAAAAAUUGGAAUGGCUCCUCUGCACAUCCUCUGCCUCCCACACGGUGAGCAAAGGUACCAGAGGGAAGAUAGAAUUUCUAUUUAUAUUAAAUAGCAGUGCCUUGUGGAAAGAAAGACCUAAAAUAAAAUUUCACCAGCAUAGC